AUGCCUGGAUCCUCCUCACUGGAUGGGGACAGCCAUGCCAAUGUCUGCACUGCUGACUCUCUGGGGCCGCGCCUGGCCGCGGUGAGGACGCUGCGGGGCCGGGAGGCGGCGUGGGCGUCGCCGCAGGGAGGAGGCCGGCGCGUCCCUCCUCCGGGAGCGCAGCGGCAGCAGCGAGAGCAGCGCGCACUGCAGGGCCGAGUCCCCGCCCGGAGCCAGCGCCGCGCCCCGCGGCCCCCACGCACGGCGCGGCCCGGCGGGGGCGCAGGAAACCCGCGGCCGGGACAGGGGGCCGGUCUCCGGCACAGGAGGCUGCUGCAGCCCUGCGACAUUCGCUCCGCGUGCCAUCCCCCAGCCCGGCCCGCUCGGGACGCCUCUGCACUGUGCGGGUACAAGGCAAUGUUAGAAGUGGUGACCUCACCCAGCCUCGUAACAAGCAGUGACUGGAGCGAGCACGGUGCUGCCGUGGGGGCGCUGAGGGACAGAGAAGGCAUCGCCAAAUCGGUGGCUCUGGGUGUGCCUCAGCUCUUUGCCAAGUCUUACCUACGUGUCCCUCCUGGUCAGUCCUCCACAGCCAUGGCGGCCUAUAGCCAGACACAGUACAGCACGGGCAUCCAGCAGGCACCACCCUAUACAGCGUACCCACCUCCGGCGCAAACCUAUGGAAUCCCCCCUUACAGCAUCAAGACAGAAGACAGUUUAAAUCACUCCCCCAGCCAGAGUGGGUUCCUGAGCUACGGACCAAGCUUCAGCACCGCGCCUGCUGGACAGAGCCCCUACACCUACCCCGUGCACAGCACUGCUGGGCUCUAUCAAGGCGCCAAUGGAUUGACCAACACCGCCGGAUUUGGGAGCGUGCACCAGGAUUACCCGCCCUACCCCGGCUUCUCACAGAACCAGUACCCCCAGUAUUUCAGCCCAUCAUACAACCCGCCCUACGUCCCCGCCAGCAGCCUCUGCUCCUCAUCCCUCUCCACGUCCACCUACGUCCUCCAGGAGGCUCCUCACAAUGUCCCCAGCCAGAGUUCUGAGUCCCUGGCCGGAGACUACCACACACACAACGGACCCUCCACACCAGCGAAGGAGGGCGACACAGACAGGCCACAUCGGGCCUCGGAUGGGAAGCUACGGGGCCGGUCAAAGAGGAAUAGUGACCCCUCCCCAGCAGGGGACAAUGAAAUUGAGCGCGUGUUCGUCUGGGACCUGGACGAGACAAUCAUUAUCUUCCACUCCCUGCUCACAGGGACGUUUGCAUCCAGAUACGGGAAGGACUGUGACCAAAUCCACGUGGAUGAUGUCUCAUCCGAUGACAAUGGCCAGGAUUUAAGCACAUACAACUUCUCCACUGAUGGUUUCCACAGCACGGCGCCAGGGGCCAGCUUGUGCCUGGGUACAGGUGUUCAUGGCGGCGUGGACUGGAUGAGGAAACUGGCCUUCCGCUACCGCCGGGUGAAGGAGAUGUACAACACCUACCGCAACAACGUGGGUGGCUUGAUAGGUGCUCCCAAAAGAGAGACGUGGCUGCAGCUGCGCGCCGAGCUGGAGGCCCUGACUGACCUCUGGCUCACCCACUCCCUGAAGGCCCUCAACCUCAUCAACUCUCGACCCAACUGUGUCAAUGUGUUGGUCACCACCACGCAACUGAUCCCUGCGUUGGCCAAGGUCCUGCUGUACGGUCUGGGCUCCGUGUUCCCCAUCGAGAACAUCUACAGCGCAACCAAGACAGGCAAGGAGAGCUGCUUCGAGAGAAUAAUGCAGAGGUUUGGCCGCAAAGCUGUCUACAUUGUGAUAGGCGACGGGGUGGAGGAAGAGCAAGGAGCCAAAAAGCACAACAUGCCUUUCUGGAGGAUAUCCUGUCACGCUGACCUGGAGGCUCUGAGGCAUGCCCUGGAACUGGAGUAUCUAUAGCAGUGCAGGUCGCAACCACCGCCUGCCACCCACCAGCCAGGCCCCUGUCAUCUCAUACCAUGAGGGCCCUAGACAUCAGAAACUAGCUAGGGGCCCUAUGCCUAGGGGACAUGUUCCACGGCCAUUUCAGAAGUGUCCUCUUCCCUUGGGGAACGGAGAGUCGGAUUCUUGCUAUGAAACCCAGAGAUCCAAAUGAGGGCACCCGGCUCGUCUUGUUCUCCUUUUUAAUUUAUGGACUGCACCCGUUACUCCCAUUACCCACGGGUCCCUGUGCUGUGGUUUCUCGGCUGUUGGUCUGGUUUGGGGUGGUGAGUACCCAGUUUGUGUUUCAGGGACAAUCAAUCAUUCUCUGGGUGUUGGCGAGGGAGGCGGUGUGGGGCUGUAGGAAAGACUGAUGUCAUGUGGACAGUGUGCGUGCCUUAUGCCGCCAUCUUGUGUUGUAGGAGAGAGGGGACUCUGGGAAGGCAAGGGUACUCGGCCAUGAUGGAUAAAGGCAUUCAAUAAAACCACGUUUACAUUUUACGUCGUAAGAGUGUGGUGACCUUUAACUG